AUGAGCAUCACUAUCAAUAAGGAAUUAGCCUCAUGUGGUGGCAGACUGAUCAAACUGUCUCACGAAUCUAUUAGCACCCAUACAAAAAUGGAUGUUAAUAUAUAUUUGCCAAAACAAUUUUAUGAUGACACUCACUCAGCUCCAAUCCCUACUCUAUACUACUUAUCUGGUCUAACUUGUUCUCCAGAGAAUGCUUCAGAAAAGGCAUUUUGGCAACCUCAAGCAGACAAAUAUGGGUUCGCGGUUGUGUUCCCAGACACUUCACCAAGAGGUGAGGGCGUAGCUACUGAUCCAGAAAAUAGUUGGGAUUUCGGAAUUGGUGCAGGAUUUUACGUAAAUGCCACUGAAUCGCCUUACGUUAAACAUUAUCACAUGUAUGAUUACGUCCACAAGGAACUACCAGUAGUUUUAAAUGAUCAUUUCAAUAAAGCUAGCAAGAGAGUUGAUUUUACUGAGAAUAUAUCGAUUACAGGCCACUCAAUGGGUGGUUAUGGUGCGUUAGCAGGUUUCUUAAGGAAUAUUUCUGACAAUAAAUACAAAUCAUGUUCUGCAUUUGCCCCAAUUGUAAAUCCUUCUGCUGUUCUAUGGGGUGAAAAAGCUUUUUCUGGUUAUCUAGGUUCUGAUAAAUCUACUUGGCUGGAAUAUGAUCCUUGUGAACUAAUAAAAAAGACAGAAAAUAUUAAAAAUUCUAUUUUAUUAAUACAUGUUGGUACAAAUGAUCCUUUCCUAAAAAAUCAAUUGAAACCAGAAAACAUUUUAGAAGCCUCUAAAGGCACUUCUUGGGAAAACAAGAUAGAUGUGAAACUGGCAGUAGGUUUCGAUCAUUCUUACUAUUUCAUCAGCACCUUUGUUCCUGAGCAUGCUGAAUUUCAUGCUAAAGCCUUAGGCCUUAUUUAA